ACGACAGGCACACUCAAGAGCCUGGGUACAAAGAGGAGAUGACAGCGCAAGAGUGCAGAGUGAAGAAGUAUCCUUUUUUUUCUGGAAAAUGAUUUGAAUUACUGGUAGUUUCAUCCAUUACCAUAUAAAUGAGAUCAGAUUGCUCCUCUGCCAAAUUUCACUGUCCUGUCUGUUUCUAUGGCAGGGCUUCUCAGGACAUAAAGGAGACAGCGGCUCCUACAGUUUCUCAUCAGAAGACCAAUGACACAAUUUGGAAGUCUGAUGUUCAAGUGCCAGCCAGCAUGAAGAUGGCUGCAAGAUCUGCUGUCAGGAAGGAUAAGGCUGAUUUUGCUACUGGACUGUUGAUAGGAAUAACAGAAGAGCAGGAGACAACUCAGAUGAGGAAAGAACAAUACAGGCAGGAGUUACUGAGACAAAUUGCUGAAAAGCAGAGGAAGAAGAUGGAGGAGAAAAGACUUGAGCUGAGAGUUGACCCUGAGAAAGAGCCUGACCGAAUACAGCAGCUAGGGUCUGUGAAUCGUCACUAUAACAGCCUGAGCCAGGAUGUUCUUCACAAGCUAGGAAAAGAUCUAGAGGCCGAAGGGAAGCACCUAAAUCCCAGUCUUGAAAAUGGCAAACCCACUGAGAAUGCAGAUGAGAGAGCCCCCCCAGGAAAGUCCCAGGUGGACUUGAUUACAGCUCUCAGACAACUGUCUGGGAAGACUGUGCCUUCAAAUGGGAUGGAAUUACCGCAAGGUGUCCCCUCACUGGACUAUUUUAGUGAGGACUACCACAGAGACUUCUCAAACAUCCUAGGAGAGGUGACCAUCCCAAGGGUUGCGAGUGUUGCUCCUCCUUUACCUCCCAUUGUACCUCACAAUUACAAGACUCCAUAUGAUGCAGAUUAUUACUACUAUGGAACCAGGAAUCCAUUAGAUCCUCAUCUUCCUCACAAUCCAAAUGGUCUGCCCGGGGGGAAUCGGCAGUCUGAGAAUUCCAAGAUUCUGUCUCAGAGAAUGCGUCCUCUCAGAUCCAGUGGCCAAAAUGAAGAAACUCAUCAACAUGGAGCAUCUGCUCUGGUUUUUGAAGAACUUCAUGCAGAAAAGUCAAAGCAGAGGAGAGAGAGUGUACUGAGCUACCAAGAGACACUCAGACAGCAGAUUAAAGAAAGAGAGGAGCACAGAAGACUAGAGAAAGAAGAAACAGCACGACUCAAUGCCAAGAUACAGGCUGAGAUGAGGGCAUACAACCCCUGGGGGAGAAGUGGAGGAGGAGGCGCUCCAAUUAGAGACCAAAAAGGCAACCUUGUUAGUGACCUGAAUCACAUGCACAGGAUCAAUGAGGCAUCAUAUAGGAAUCCUGUGCCCACUCCUGGCACUGAAACUAGUUCUCCCAUUUCCCAUCGACUAACAGGUUUCAAGGAUGAGACACUUCAACAGCAGGACAGUUACAGAGCAGCCCUGAAACAGCAGAUAGAGGAAAACAAGAGAAAACAGCAAGAGGAAAGAGAACAGAUUAGAAUUGAGGAGGCGAAAGAAGAGAAGAGGCUCGCCAUGCAGAGGGCACGCUUACAGGAGGAAUAUGAGGAGGAGCAAAGGAAAGAGAAAAGGAGGACUGAGCAUAAGCUGAAAAACCAAGGCUGGAUCCAUGAAGCUGAAACACAUCGCCAGAAGCAAGAAAAGGUGGUGAUGCAGGAAAAAGAGACUAAGAAGGUACCUCAGACCACCAGGGUGGAGAAAGACUCACAGUUGAAUUAUGAGAGGCAGCCCUCUCCGCCUAUCCCAACCUUGCAGAAAAAGCUGGCAAAUCUUGCGCCAUAUAGGCCCUCCUCUGUUUUGAGCCAGCGGUCAUCCAGAACUAAUCGCUCAGUGUCAGCACCGCACCACCGACCACCCGAUGAAAUUCCCAGCCAGCAGGAUGAUCAACAGGAAGUAAUCAGAAAGCUGUCAGCCCUCCGUGGUUAUCUGAGGAAAGAGCAGCGACAACUGGAGGUUCAGAUGGGUCGCACGGAUUCACACGAGACCCACUACAAUCUGGUAAACAGAAGACGACCACAUAGAGAAUCUGCACAUAGAGAAGCUGUCCUGUCUUCAGCUAGGAGUCCUUCUCCAGCUGAUGCACAUGCUAACAGGCAAAACAUCAGGGAGUUCAUCCAGCUUAAACACAGAGACUUCUUGGGCCGUCAACUAGGUCAUUAUUAUCCUAUCAAGAACCCUGGACGUGCCACUCACAGAAACCCCAUAUUGCCAUCAGAGAGUUCUUUUAUUGGUUACAGUGGUGAGGCACGUGAGCAGAGAUCCCUUCAACCAUCAGCAGAGCACCAGGAGAGGACGGCACUUAACUAUGAUGAGGUGGCUGACAAGGGGGGUGAUAAUCUGCCAGCAGUACCCAGUCACAACAACCAGAACAAACGCCACAUUACGAGGCCAGACUCCCACUCUGGUGAUCACAGCGUAAAAGACUGGCUGCCCGGUGAUGAAGCGGACAUGUCGUCGCUGGGCUCUGCCAUGGGGAGGCGUGUCUCUGUGGACACUGUUGCCACGGAACUGUGGCUGCGGCCCGGAACGUCAGACGCUGUAAAGCAGUGAGGCUGUAGCAACAGGAUAAACAGGCGGAUGGGAGCUCCACACAGACUUAAACACUGCAUUGCACAGCUCCCAUUGGUGGCUCUCUAAACUGGAAAUGCACAGCCACCUUUUCUGCAAAUGCAGGUGGGGGUUCUCAUGAGAACUGAUGUCCUUCCUGUGCAGUGCUUUACUGACUUACACUUUACUUGUGUGCUGUUUCUAUUUGCUCUCAUUGGAGACCAGAGUCUGUAAAAACAUUAAUGACUAUUAGAUCACAGAAGAAACAGUUAAUACAAAACUCACUGUGGCCAAUUCCUCUUUACCUUCUACAUUUAGCACAUUAGCAUUUUGUAAAGGUGGGAUUCAGUUAAUGAAUAAAGUCAUGGUGUUUUUGAGCAAUAAAAAUGUUACUGUAA